AACUUUUUCUGAAUUUUUUAAUUCUCUUUCUUCUCUCUUUCAUGUCUAUCCAUCUAUUUUAUGAGCGUCAGGCUCUUGUGUAUAUAUAUAUAGCAUGCUGCCAUGUGCAGCUUGUGUGGCACUUGAAUUUUGUGGUUUUGAUCUGGGUUUGCUUUGUUUUUUUCUGUUAUCAGCACCCCUUUUGGUCAUUUAAUACUUCCCUGAAGGGUUUUUCAGUUCAAUUUUCCAAAAUUGCUGAAAAGUUCCUACCUUCCUUUAAUUAAUUUCAGGUUGAAUUUCUGGGGAUUUUUUUUUUGGUUUCCCAGUUUAGAGCUGAAAUUAGUUCACUUUGAGCUGAAAUUAAGAACUGAGUUGUUUUUUUUUCUGUUGAAAAGCUCUGGAUCUUUGUGAUUUAAAGUGUCUUGCUUUUUAGGUGGGAGGUGGGGUCCUAAGUUCAUAUAAGUGCCCUUUUUCUCCAACUGAUUUGUUUUCCUUGUUGAACCGAAGUCCUUUUUGGAGAACUUUUUUGGUUCCAUAUGGUGCUGGAAAGCUGAUAUCUGUGGUAAUUUAUGAUCAAUUUUGCAUUUUUUUCCCCUCCCCUUCUAAUUGAGGUUCUUCAAUUUUGAUUCUCUUCUUUUGGGGAUAUUAAUGGUUUUCUUACAAAUCUAGACUGCAAAGUUAGUAGUUGCCAAGAGGGGGUUUCCAUAUUCAAGCUGAAUUCUGGUUGUAGGUUUAUCAUUUGCCGGAAGACAAACUUUGAGGUAGGUUCCUUGUAAGUGAGCUGAAGUUCCAUUCAUCACAAAAGUUUCAAGGGGGCAUAGAGGAUGAGUCAGCCUAAGAUUAAGCGUCGUAUCGGUAAAUAUGAGGUUGGGAGGACCAUUGGAGAGGGAACUUUUGCAAAGGUGAAAUUUGCAAGGAACUCGGAGACUGGUGAUCCUGUGGCUCUCAAGAUUCUUGACAAGGAAAAAGUUCUCAAGCACAAGAUGGCUGAACAGAUCAGGCGUGAGAUAGCUACAAUGAAGUUAAUCCAGCAUCCCAAUGUUGUUCGACUAUACGAGGUCAUGGGAAGUAAAACAAAAAUAUAUAUUGUUUUGGAGUUUGUGACCGGGGGAGAGCUCUUUGACAAAAUUGUAAACCAUGGACGAAUGAGUGAAAACGAAGCACGAAGAUAUUUCCAGCAGCUUAUAAAUGCUGUUGAUUAUUGCCAUAGCAGGGGUGUCUUCCACAGAGAUCUGAAGCCUGAAAAUCUGCUAUUGGAUACUCUUGGAAACCUUAAAGUUUCUGAUUUUGGGUUGAGUGCACUCUCCCAACAAGUCAGGGAUGAUGGACUUCUUCACACUACAUGCGGAACACCAAACUAUGUUGCUCCAGAGGUCCUUGAAGAUAGAGGCUAUGAUGGGGCAACUGCGGACUUGUGGUCGUGUGGUGUGAUUCUCUUUGUGCUGGUUGCAGGUUACUUGCCUUUUGAUGACCCAAAUCUAAUGAACCUGUAUAAAAAAAUUUCGGCAGCUGAGUUUACUUGUCCGCCAUGGCUUUCUUUCAGUGCAAGAAAAUUGAUCACUCGAAUCUUGGAUCCUAAUCCUGAGACUCGUAUCACUGUUGCUGAGAUUUUGGAGGAUGAAUGGUUUAAGAAAGAUUAUAAGCCUCCAGUUUUCGAGGAGAAAGGGGAAACCAACCUCGAUGAUGUCGAAGCUGUCUUCAAAGAUUGUGAAGAACACCAUGUAACUGAGAAGAAGGAAGAACAACCAACACCCAUGAAUGCAUUUGAGUUAAUCUCCAUGUCCAAAGGGUUGAACCUAGAAAACUUGUUUGAUAUAGAGCAGGGAUUUAAAAGAGAAACAAGAUUCACAUCAAAAUCACCAGCUGAUGAGAUAAUAAACAAGAUUGAAGAAGCUGCAAAACCUCUUGGCUUUGAUGUGCAAAAGAAAAAUUACAAGAUGAGGCUUGAAAAUGUUAAAGCUGGAAGGAAGGGAAACCUUAAUGUUGCCACAGAGAUAUUCCAAGUGGCACCUUCUCUUCACAUGGUUGAGGUACGGAAAGCAAAGGGUGAUACAUUGGAGUUUCAUAAGUUCUAUAAAAACCUAUCAACAUGCUUGGACGACGUGGUUUGGAAAACAGAAGAGGAUAUGCAAAAGAAAGAAGCCAAGUGAUGUCAAUUAUGAAAUCUAAGUGUAAUUUAAUUGAUGUCUAGCUAUGAUAAUGAUCUCUUCUUCUGUAGCUUCCACCAUAUUUUGCAAUUUCUUGAUUUGUUAUUUUGCUUGCCCCACCAGCAUAGCUUCUUUUCUUUCUUGUUAGGUUUGUUUUGGACAAAUGUACUCACAUCACAUACAUGUUACUGUUGCGUUUCCAUGCUAUUAUUGUUGGAAAGCAUGCAUGCACAGUUUUUAUGUAAGAAUGUAUCCACCUAUAGCUUGAGCCAUAUAUGUUCAUUGA